CUCUCUCUCUCUCUCUCUCUCUCACACACACACACACACACACACACACACAAGAGCGCACAUACACAAACCGCCUGCCUGCGCUUCUUAAAUUGGCAAAGGCUUAAAGGUGGUAUGUAGGUUUUGAGGACAGCACCUUUUUCUUUUGUUUUUUUUCUCUCUCACUAGCUCUAUCACACACUGGCUUCAGUUAAAGUAGCUAGAGAGGGAAUUGUGGUUCUUUCCGUUGUUAAAGCAGGUUUAUAGCUCAAUCGAGCCGUGACAGUUUACUCUUUUCUUCUCUUCCUUCUUCCUAAUUCGUUUCCCUCCUCUCCUCUCCCCUUCUUCUCCUUAUCAGAUAUACCCUAGGUAACAUACCCAUAUUUGCUAUUCUGGGCAAACUCAUCUGGUUUUUGCUGAAAUUCUCGAUCUAAAUUGAAUUUGUUUUCCGCAUAGAUCUCAAUCAACCUUAUGAUUUCUCUUAUACAUAUAGAGAGCAAAUAUCUGGGAUAUGAGCAGCGGUCUGCCAUACGCAGAUAAAUAUUUCACGGAAGCUUAUAAUUUCGUCAGCUCGAGAGAAAGAAGAUAGAUAGGCUUCCGUACGUCUAAAAGCAAUGAAUAACAGUAGUACUGUGGGCUCCAUUAGCAGCUCUGAUCUUAUCGAUGCCAAGCUCGAAGAGCAUAAGAUGUGUGGAUCCAAGCAAUGCCCUGGUUGUGGACACAAGCUCGAAGGCAAGCCGGACUGGUUAGGUCUACCUGCAGGAGUGAAAUUUGAUCCUACAGACCAAGAAUUGAUAGAACAUCUUGAAGCGAAGGUGGAGGCGAAAGACAUGAAAUCUCACCCUCUGAUAGAUGAGUUUAUCACUACUAUUGAAGGAGAAGAUGGGAUUUGUUAUACCCAUCCUGAAAAACUACCAGGAGUCACAAGAGAUGGCUUGAGCAAACAUUUCUUCCACAGACCAUCGAAAGCUUACACAACCGGGACACGUAAGAGGAGAAAAAUUCAAACCGAAUGCGAUUUACAGGGUGGAGAAACAAGGUGGCACAAGACUGGAAAAACUAGGCCUGUAAUGGUGAAUGGAAAACAAAAGGGUUGCAAGAAAAUACUCGUCCUUUACACUAAUUUUGGCAAGAACAGAAAACCAGAAAAGACCAACUGGGUCAUGCAUCAAUACCACCUUGGUCAGCACGAGGAAGAAAAGGAAGGAGAGCUUGUUGUUUCAAAGAUAUUCUAUCAGACGCAGCCAAGGCAAUGCAAUUGGUCUGAUCGAAGUACUGCUACCACUGGGGAAGCAAGCAGUGAGCCUAAUAGCAGGAGAGAUAGUGGGAGUGGGAGUUGUUCUUCCAGGGAAAUAAUUCCUCUGAGAGACGAACUUUCUCCACCAUCUGGGGUUGCUCCAAUAUCAAGUUACAGUACUGCCAUGGACAUUCAUCAACAGUUUAAAUCCGACCAUUUUAGCUUCGCCCCAUUCAGGAAAAGCUUUGAUGAGGUGGGGAUAGGAGAGGCUUCAACAGCAAGGGAAGCCCCAGGCGCAUCAGGUGGUGGUGGCACGUGCGAAGAUAUGAGGGAUCACCAGAGGCCACAUCAUCCUAUGGCCCAUGACCAUCAUCACCAACAGCAGCAUCAACAUCACCAUCCACAUCAUCAAAUUGCGACCACAGCCUUCCACAUCAGCAGGCCUUCACAUCCCAUUUCCACCAUCAUCUCUCCACCUCCCCUCCACCAUACCUCCAUUAUUCUCGAUCAAGACUCCUACCACAUCUCCAGAAUAAUGCUCCAAAAUGAAAAUUUCCAGCAGCAGCAGCAGCAACUAGAACAAGUACAGCAACAGCAGCAGCAACAGCAUCAUAAACUGGGAGGGAGGUCUGCAUCCGGUUUGGAGGAACUCAUAAUGGGUUGCACUUCAAGUAAUAUCAAAGAGGAAUCAUCCAUCACAAAUCCUCAAGAGGUAGACUGGCUAAAGUACUCGUCCUUCUGGCCUGACCCUGACAACCCAGAUCAUCAUGGGUAGGAGCAAAAAUUACAGGGAAUAAAAGACACCCUUACAGACAAUAUCAUUAUCAUCAUCAUUAGUACUUGAAACCUUCCUCUCAAGUUUUUUAUUUUUUUUUUUCAACGUGAGGCCAAGCUGAAAGCAUCCUUAGUCCAGUCUUUUUCUUUCUUUUUACUGGGGGCCUGGCUAAGCUCUGAUGGCGCUCAACCGAACUACCUGUGCAACAGUCCAUGUUGUAAAGAAAGAGAGAAAGAACAAAAGGAAAAACAAAGAAAAAAGAAAAGAAACCAAGAAAGGCUGCACUCUCUCGGACAGAUAGAAGGAGAACCAAAGACCCAAAAGAAACCCAGCCUGCAUGAAAAUCAUCACCAUUAUGAUUACAAUAUCAUCUUUCUGGCUAUUCUUAUUAUUUUAUUAUUUUAAUUAAGAUGUUUGUAUAAUUUAUCUAUCUUGUUCUUUACAAACAAAUACAAGAGAGUUUGUGCAAAUUGCAAAAAUACUUUGUCAAUCGUGCUGUACGUCAUUAGUCACUUUGAGAUACUAAAAUAUAAGUGUUCAUAUGAUACCCUAGUGGAAAUGAAUAUUUUUAAGGAAUUCUUUAUUUC